UCACCUUCACUAAUGUAUUGUAUAGCCUUCCAUUUAAUAAUUACAAUGAUUUAAACUAAUUCGUUAGACCAAAAAGUAAUGUCCCGCCACAAUUUUAAUUGGUUUUGGAUUUGUAUAGAAAUAUUAAUUUCUACAUUGGAAGCUGCUACGCAGGAUACUUAUUGUGCAGAGCUUUCACAAAAGGCACUGAGUUUAAUUUUGGGGCAAGCGUUUAAUCCUCGAUACAUGAGUAUUGAUCCACCUGGAAGACCAACUGAAGAUACUUACAAUUUCGAAAAUAAAAGAUUUUCUCAUGAUUUACCAUUUUACGUCGACGAAGAUGUUAUAUCAUUGGGAAGCAAUCCUGCAUGGGAUACCAACCAUUUUACCUUUUUUGAAAAAAAAGAGAAAUUUUCGAAACAGCAAAAGGAUAAGCGUGCGAGGAACAUUUUUGGUGAUAAAGAUGGUUAUGUGAAAACAGAUUUAUUUAAGCCUCGCCCUUGGGAAUGCCUAUCAAAGGUGAACUGGAUUGAUUUGGGAUUGAAUUAUUUUCCACGCUACAUUCGAUCAAUUGAAUGUGUAGCACGAAAAUGCUGGUACGGACAUUUCAAUUGCAAACCAAAGUCAUUCACAAUAAAGGUUCUACGACGAAAAACGGGAUCUUGCAUUCAUAUAAGCGAUAAAUUAAUUUUUAUUACUUCAGAAGAAUUUGAAACUGAUCAAACACAGCUCUGGAUUUGGGAGGAAAUAGCUGUAAAUUUUUGCUGUGAGUGUGUUAUGCUUCUUUAA